UUUAUGACAGAUGUACAAGUGGACUUAGCUGAUAUGCAGUCUCUUUCUAGGCAUAAUAAAGGCAAUCGAUAUAUACUUUUGGGAAUAGAUGUCUUAUCCAAACGAGUCUUCACUACCCCUUUAAAAUCAAAGAAAUCAGAAGAUAUGUUGGAAGCUUUUCGUAAUCUUAUUAUUCAAAUGCCUAUGAAACCCCACAGGAUAUUUUCUGACAAAGGGACUGAAUUUAAAAAUCGGUUACUAAAAGAAUAUUUUGAAAAAGAAGAAAUAUCAAAAUAUGAAGCAACUCAUUCUACAGUAAAGGCAUCACUGGCAGAAAGGCUAUUAGAAACUUAA